CUUAACCAAUCUUCACAUUAGUGUGUCAAAUUUCAUGUCUUUCAGGAUUUAGCAUUUUGUUGUAUCAACCAAUUGCAACUGAAAAACAUAAACAAUUUAUUUAAAAUAAAAUUAGAGCUAAGGAAUUAAUGUUGCCAAAAACAUAAUUUUUUUAAUCACAAUAAACUAGAACUUGUUAACAAUAAAUAUUUAUAAUUAAUUUAAUUAAAUAAUAAUACACAAUGCCGGAAAAACAAUGUGUACCUAGUAGCACAUAUGUUUUUAAAGAUGAUGAUUUGCCAUAUGAAGAGGAGAUAUUGAGAAAUCCAUAUUCAGUUAAACACUGGAGUCGUUAUAUUGAUUAUUUAAAAACUUCAAAAAGUCCAAAUUUAAAUAUUGUAUUCGAACGUGCAUUAAAAGAAUUACCAGGAAGUUAUAAAUUAUGGUAUCAAUAUUUAUGUCAUCGUCGUAAACAAUUAAAGACACGUCGUAUUGAUGAUCCUCUUUAUGAUGAUGUCAACAAUGCAUAUGAAAGAGCUUUAGUAUUUAUGCAUAAAAUGCCAAGAAUAUGGAUGGAUUAUUGUUUAUUAAUGACUGAACAAUCAUUGAUAACCAGAACACGUCAUGUAUUUGACAGAGCUCUACGUGCUCUUCCAAUAACUCAGCAUCAUAGAAUUUGGCCACUUUAUCUUGAUUUUGUUAAAUCACAUGAUAUACCAGAAACAGCAGUUAGAGUAUUUAGAAGAUAUUUAAAAUUAGCACCAGAAGAUACUGAGGAUUACAUUGAGUAUCUUAUAUUAAUUGGUAGACUUGAUGAAGCAGCACUAAAAUUAGCCCACAUUGUUAAUCAAGAUGAUUUUGUAUCAAAACAUGGUAAAUCAAAUCAUCAACUUUGGAAUGAAUUAUGUGAUUUAAUAUCUAAAAAUCCAAUGAGAAUAAAAUCAUUAAAUGUUGAUGCUAUUAUUAGAGGUGGUUUAAGACGUUAUACUGAUCAACUUGGACCAUUAUGGAAUUCAUUAGCUGAUUAUUAUAUACGUAGUGGUUUAUUUGAACGUGCACGUGAUAUUUAUGAAGAAGCUAUUCAAACAGUUACAACUGUUAGAGAUUUUGGUCAGGUUUUUGAUGCUUAUGCACAAUUUGAAGAAUUAAGUUUAAAAAAAAGAAUGGAACUAGCUGAAAGUAAACCAACUGAUGAUGAUGACAUUGACAUUGAAUUAAAACUAGCUAGAUUUGAAGAUCUCAUGGAACGAAGAUUGUUGCUGUUAAAUUCAGUUUUACUUAGACAAAAUCCUCAUAAUGUUCAAGAGUGGCAUAAGCGUGUUAAAUUGUAUGAAGGUCAACCACAUGAAAUUAUAAAUACAUAUACAGAAGCUGUACAAACAGUACAACCACAAUUAGCUGUUGGUAAAUUACAUACUCUUUGGGUUGAGUUUGCAAAAUUUUAUGAAGUUAAUGAUCAACUACAAGAUGCAAGAGUUGUAUUUGAAAAAGCAACUCAUGUUGCUUAUAUGAAACCAGAAGAUUUAGCAUCAGUUUGGUGUGAAUGGGCAGAAAUGGAAAUACGUCAUGGUAAUUGUAUUGAUGCAUUAAAAUUAAUGCAUCGUGCAACAGCAAUGCCUUCAAGAAAAGUUGCUUAUCAUGAUGAUGCUGAAACUGUUCAAAUGCGUCUUUAUAAAUCUCUUAAAGUUUGGUCAAUGUAUGCUGAUUUAGAAGAAAGUUUUGGCACAUUUCAGACAUGUAAAGCUGUUUAUGAUAAAAUUAUUGAUCUUAAAAUUGCAACGCCACAAAUUAUCAUUAAUUAUGGAUUAUUUUUGGAAGAAAAUAAUUACUUUGAGGAAGCAUUUAGAGCAUAUGAAAAAGGUGUUAGUCUAUUUCAUUGGCCAAAUGUUUAUGACAUUUGGAAUACAUAUUUGACUAAAUUUCUUAAUAGAUAUGGUGGUAGUAAAUUGGAAAGAACAAGAGAUUUAUUUGAACAGUGUCUUGAAAAAUGUCCAGCAAAAUAUGCAAAAGCAUUAUAUCUUCUUUAUGCAAAAUUAGAAGAAGAACAUGGUUUAUCACGUCAUGCAAUGACUGUUUAUGAACGUGCAACAAAUGCUGUGCUACCAGAAGAAAAAUUCGAAAUGUUUAAUAUAUAUAUUACAAAAGCUGCUGGUAUACAUGGUGUACCAAAAACAAGAGAAAUAUAUGAAAAAGCAAUUGAAGUACUUGAUGAUGAAAAAACAAGAGAAAUGUGUCUUAGAUUUGCUGAAAUGGAAACAAAACUUGGUGAAAUUGAUAGAGCAAGAGCAAUUUAUGCUCAUUGUAGUCAAAUAUGUGAUCCAAGAGUUACUGCUAAUUUCUGGCAAGUAUGGAAAGAAUUUGAAGUACGUCAUGGUAAUGAAGAUACAGUAAGAGAAAUGUUAAGAAUAAAACGUAGUGUAGGAGCAAUGUAUAAUACACAUGUUGACAUGAUGACUGCACAAAUAAUAAACAGUACAACAACAAAUCAAGAUGCACCAGAUGCAAUGACACUUCUUGAUAGUAGAGCAGCACCAAUUGAGCCAACGCAAACAUCUGCAUUAAAAAGAAACAUCAGUUUUGUCAGAGGUGUUACUGAAGGUGGUACGACAAAAGAUGGCCAAGUUAUUAAUCCAGAUGAAUUGCAAAUUGACAUGGAUGAUGACGAUGAUGAUGAUGACGCUGAAGCUGAAGAUGAUGAAGAACUUCCAAUUGAAAAACAAACAAUUCCAUCAAAAGUUUUUGGUGGUCUUAAACUACCAGAACCACAAGAAAAUACAGAAGAAAAUUAAUUUAUAUAUACAAUGUAUAUAUACAUAUAUCAAUUUAAUAAAUAAGUUUUCCUUUUUAAAUAAUUAAA